AUGGUAGAUCGGGUGUAUACUAUUUGGCAGGGACUGGAUUUUGAGACGAGGGAGUGGGCGUUGGAUGGGACGUUGACGCUUGUUGAUGUACCACCAAGCCGCAACGCCACGUUGAAUGAUGCGAUGAGUUUUGAGUUUAGUCCUGAUAUCACGAUCAAGCAGGCGAUGAGUCCGACGAAGGAGGGGUGUUGUUAUAUAUAUUCUUAG